UAUCUGGUUAACGUGUGGACGGGGAAUGCAGGAGGAUGUGUGAUUUCAAUGUUGGACGGCGUGCAUACAAAGCAGGCCGUGUUAGCAUUAUGAUUUUCUUCCCGUCGUACCAGUGCUAAUUCCGACGUCGGCAGGCAGACCUCAGCAUCACCAUGGCGGCCACAGACAGCACCAAUGAUGCCAGUGGGCUGUUUGAGCAGGCUGCUCAGCUGGCUGGCCGGGCAGUGGCAUUUGACCAGAGUGGCCACCAUGAGGCAGCUGUGUACCACUACGUGCAGGCGGCGGGUGCGCUGUUGGAGGCACGCCGUGGUGGCUCGGACAUCCCACACCUGGAGAAGCGUGCCAACGACUACCUAUCCAGAGCUGAGCAGCUCACAGAAACUGCCAAUCGGGCGGUGCCGACGCCGACGGCGCCGGCCGGCGGCCGGGCAGAGAUGGAGAGGGUCUACUUCCUGAUGUCGCAGGCGCUCGACGAAGACGAGGCCGGCAACACGCGCGAGGCCGUCGAUUUGUACGGUCAGGCGGUGGAGCUCUGCAUUAGUGCCAACAAGACCUUCCCGAACACCAAGUUCACGGAGGCGGCGGAGCAGGCACUGGAGCGGGCGGAGCGGCUUAAGGCCUCCCUGGGACCGGACCUGGACAUGGCUCCCGCUCCGCCCACCGACCUGCCCGACCUGGACGAGGAGCCGCUGGAGCCGUCCGCGCCACCGCCGGAGCCGGACCGGCGGCAGAGUGGAGCUGGUCCGGUGCCAGCCGCUCGGCCCACGCGUGCAGGCCGGCCGCCGCUGCACCGCGGCUUCAGUGGCGCCCUGCAGGUGAGCGGCUCGGAGGCCUACAGUCGGGACGAGCUGCGCGUGCUCGCCGCCACCUCGCGCAUCAACGACCACGUGUUCGUGCCGUUCAUCGCGGCCGACCUGCGCGAACGAUUCGCCUCGCCGCUGCCGUUCACCGACCGGGCCGGCCCGCUGGCGCUCUCGCCCAAGCAGCGGCGCGAGUUCCACCGCUGGGCGCGGCCCGACGAGCUCUCCGAGCAGCCCUGCAUGAUACAGCGGGUGGACUGCUUUAGUAUCAAGCAGACGUGCAUUUCGGACUGUUCGUUUGUGGCAUCGCUGGCCGUCAGCGCGCUUUACGAGAAGCGCUUCAAGAAGCCCCUAAUCACCAGCAUCAUCUACCCUCAGAACAGGAGCAGGCAGCCGGUGUAUAACCCGUGCGGCAAGUACAUGGUACGGCUGCACAUCAACGGCGUGCCGCGCAAGGUGGUGAUUGACGACACGCUGCCAGUGGACCGCCACGGCCGCCUGCUCUGCUCGUACUCGGCCGACCGGCGCGAGCUCUGGGUCUCGCUGCUCGAGAAGGCCUACAUGAAGGUCAUGGGCGGCUACGACUUUCCCGGCUCCAACAGCAACAUCGACCUGUACGCGCUGACGGGCUGGAUCCCAGAGCGGCAGGCUAUCCGGCCAGGCGAGGCCGAGUUUGACGAGGACGCCGUGUUCCGGCGGCUGCACGACUGUCACCAGCGCGGCCAGGUGCUGAUCACGGUGGCGACAGGGGACCUGCCGGAGGAGAAGGCCGAGCGGGCCGGCCUCGUGCCCACGCACGCCUACGCCGUGCUCGACGUGCGCGAGGUCCAGGGCAAGCGGCUGCUGCUGCUGAAGAACCCGUGGUCGCACCUGCGCUGGAAGGGCAACUACUCGGAGAUGGACCAGCGCCACUGGACACCGGCGCUGCGCCAAGCGCUCAGCUACGACCCGCAGUCGGCGCAGCAGUUCGACAACGGCGUGUUCUGGAUCGACUACGAGAGUCUCGUGCGCUUCUUCGACGUGUUCUACAUGAGCUGGAACCCUCAGGUGUUCUCGCACACGUUCGCCCACCACCAGACGUGGCUGGCCGGCCUCGGACCCAUCCGGGACAUGUACAACAUCGGAGAAAACCCGCAGUACCGUCUGGAGGUGCGCGGCCCCACCGUGGUCUGGGUGCUGCUGAGCCGCCACAUCACCGAGAUCGAGGACUUCCGCAACAACAAGGAGUACAUUACCGUGGCCGUCUACCGCACCGACGGCCGCAGAGUCUUCUACCCCAACGAGCCCGAGCCGUACAUGGAGGGCGUGCGCAUCAACUCGCCGCACUACCUCUGCAAGCUGACGCUGAAGGAGGCCAGCAUGUACACCUUCACCUUCGUCAUCGCGCAGUACGAGAAGCUCAACACCAUCCACUACACGCUGCGGGCAUACAGCGCCAGCGCCUUCUCCUUGAAGAGGGUCCCGUACCUACCCACCCAGCAUUCGGUGACGGGCGAGUGGCGGGGCGUGACUGCCGGCGGCUGCACCAACCACCCACACACCUACCCCAACAACCCGGUGUACCAGCUGCGCCUGCCGGCCGCGGCCAGCCUCACGCUCCAGCUGAAGGGGCCGCGCGUUUACCAGAUGGGUGUGGACAUCACGUGCGUGGAGGCCAACCCAGAGUCGCCGGGCUACUUCCGCCGCCAGAGCUCGGGCUCGUACCGCUCUGGUUUCGUCGUGUUGGCGCUGGAGAACGUGCCACGCGGCACGUACAACAUCGUGCCCAGCACGUACAUGCCCGGCCAGGAGGGGCCGUUCAUCCUCAGCCUGUUGGCGGCCGAGCCGGCCCAGCUGGCCAGGAUCAAGUAGGCGCGUCGCUGGCGUGGCGGCGCUGUCGCCGCUUGAGGAUAGCCGGGACACGACACCGGUCGGACCGCGCUGCCGCUGACGAGGCUUCAUUACUGCUGUCGGGACGAUGACGUCAUUCAUCCGGGGACGGCGGCACGUCGCCCCUGUGACGACCCGCGAGACGCGCAGAGCUGGGAUGACGCACGCGCUUGGGAGCCGUCGUCGCUGCCCCCUUGACGCUGCGUUGCCCCCGUUGGCAACCCUCAUGCCACAGCAUGG